AUGCCGCAGAGCGUCGGGGAAUUCGCCGAGCAAUGCAAAACUGAGGCUUGCAACACCGAUCCUCAAGGUUUUUGCCAGGUAGAGCCAGCCAUAGACAGGACCUGUGUCUGUCGUAAGCUUGACUACAGCCUUUGUGAGGGACCUUGUCAAAACUUUGAAUCAAGAACGCAGUAUGUUUUGUGGCUAGCUAAACUCUGCGACAACGUCGAAGACUGGCAUGGCCUGCCCAAGGAUUGGCAUGACAUAUUGUCGCCUCGACCCCGCGACAUGAUUCCAUGGCGUUGGAAUCUCAGACCUGAAAACGAGAAGGACACAAAAUGCCCCUCCUAUUGGGCAAAGAUUGGCAGCCUUGCCUUCGUCAACCUGGCGACUGCUCUUGCUGUGUACUUUGGGGAAAGGUGCUGCCGAAACGUCAAAGCCCUCGAACCUCAUCCUAAAAGUCCAGUUUGGGUCUUGCAGGGGCUCGUACUUGCCAGUGUCCAGCUUUUAGGCCACUGGAUCGUUUUCAAUAUUAUUCAGAGGACACCCGGCUACGACUAUAUUUCCGCGGUCCAAAUAAUGCUUCUCUUGUGUUCACUGCCCCGUCUCGGCUGGCUCGUGAUAGCACCAAAGAAGAUUGAUCGUUCUGAAUCGAAAGAUCUCACCGCGGCAUGCUCGGCGCUUUACGCGGAGGUUUUCCUGCAGAUCCCGAAUCUGUAUUACAUGACUGUAAUUGUCAGCUAUGGACUUCGACAUGGUUUCUAUUUCGGUGUCUUGCCGAACACAAAUCUAGGAUAUUACACUAGGCUGAUGUAUGGCGGAGCACUCCUGUGGGUUGUUGUCGUUGCUUUGAUGGUUAUAUUGAUCAUUACUGUCCUGCGCCCGAUAUUGGCCACCUCAAGUUCCAUGAACAGAACAGCGAACAAUAUAUGGGACUGUGAAAACGAUGAACGCACGGCAAUGAACAACAAGGCUUUCAGUGAUGAUCCGUUGGGCGAGCGCCAACGUGGCGGUUUGCCCAAGAUGUCUAACUACGGUACUAUGCCAGUGCCAGCAGCAGAUAAGCCUUACCAGUCUCUCAGGGAGCCUUAUCUCAGCCUUUCUCUCUUUCUAUCACUCGGUUUCCUUCUGUUGUUUCUCGCGCAAUGGCUCGUCUGGAUUGGGUUUGUUCUUGUUAGUGACGCAGAUUACUGCCCCCCUCUACUUGAUAUCUUGACUUUCGUAUGGACAGCUUCGUCCUUAGCUACUGUUACUCUCAAGUUCACCAUGUAG